CAGAAUCCCGCCAUGGCGCCCAACGCCACCAUGCAGCUCUGCCCUCUCCUGGAGCAGAUGAGCCAGCUCCGAAGUCACAGCAACUCCAGUAUCCGCUACAUCGACCACGCGUCGGUGCUGCUGCACGCGCUGGCCAGCCUGCUGGGCCUGGUGGAGAACGGCCUCAUCCUCUUCGUGGUGGGCUGCCGCAUGCGCCAGACAGUGGUCACCACGUGGGUGCUGCACCUGGCGCUCUCCGACCUGCUGGCCACCGCCUCCCUGCCCUUCUUCACCUACUUCCUGGCCGUGGGCCAUUCGUGGGAGCUGGGCACCACCUUCUGCAAGCUGCACUCCUCCAUCUUCUUCCUCAACAUGUUCGCCAGCGGCUUCCUGCUCAGCGCCAUCAGCCUGGACCGCUGCCUGCAGGUGGUGAGGCCCGUGUGGGCGCAGAACCACCGCACGGUGCCCGCGGCCCACAAGGUCUGCCUGGUGCUCUGGGCGCUGGCCGUGCUCAACACGGUGCCCUACUUCGUGUUCCGGGACACGAUCCCGCGGCGGGAUGGGCGCAUCAUGUGCUACUACAAUGUGCUGCUCCUGAGCCCGGGGCCCGACCGGAACGCCACGUGCAACUCGCGCCAGGCGGCGCUGGCGAUCAGCAAGUUCCUGCUGGCCUUCCUCCUGCCGCUGGCCAUCAUCGCGUCGAGCCACGCGGCCGUGAGCCUGCAGCUGCGCCACCGCGGCCGCCGCCGGCCCAGCCGCUUCGUGCGCCUGGUGGCCGCGGUGGUGGCGGCCUUCGCGCUCUGCUGGGGCCCCUACCACGCCUUCAGCCUGCUGGAGGCGCGCGCGCACGCCGACGUGGCGCUGCGGCCGCUCGUGUGGCGCGGGCUGCCCUUCGUCACCAGCCUGGCCUUCAUCAACAGCGUGGUCAACCCGCUGCUCUACGUGCUCACGUGCCCCGACGUGCUGAGCAAGCUGCGCCGCUCGCUGCGGAGCGUGCUGGAGAGCGUGCUGGUGGACGACAGCGAGCUGGGCGCGGGCGGCAGCCGGCGCCGCCGCGGCUCCUCCACCACCUCGGGCUCGCUCAGAGUCCGCACGCUUUCGCCCGGGCUCCUGCGCCUUCUGCGCUGCCUGCGGGCCGAGCGUGACCGCCCCCCGCCCCGGGACCGGGCGCUCUCGCAGGACGAGAGGGGCCCCCUGAACCGCGCGCCCAGCGUCGCUUCCAGCUAG